GUGUUGUGUUUUGUUUGCGUAAAACAUCGACUUCAACAAUGAACAGUGACAAUAACACUCUGAAAGGAUCUUUUUUGGCAAGCUUUAAUUACAAAGAAAUCAAAAGGGGAACUGAGAUAUCAUAUUUGCGGAAGAUACCUUGUCUCUACCUGCCCCCACAACACAACACCACUUUUUCAAGAGAGAAAGAAGAAAUGGGUGUGGAUUUGAGGCAAGUGGUUGCUGGUAUCCUCACCAUUACCAUGUUCGUGAUGCUCGGACAGAUGCUUCAUAGAGAUUACUUUGAUUCUCUUCAGGAGAAAGCUCAGGGAGAUGCACACGAUAUUGAAUUUGAAGGAUCUAGAGUAUCUGUGAAAGAUAGUCUUGUCGGAGGCGUAGAAGGCAGUAAAGGGCCUUGGAUGGAUGAUACCAAUGACCUUAACCCUUGUUGGCCAACUUUACUAUCCGAAGAAGCGGUAUCAUCAAAAGGGUAUGUUACAUUCUCACUAACGAAUGGUCCUGAGUACCAUAUCUCUCAGAUCACUGAUGCUGUAAUGGUGGCAAAGCAUCUUGGAGCAACAUUAGUGCUUCCUGAUAUAAGAGGAAGCAAACCUGGUGAUGAAAGGAACUUUGAAGACAUUUAUGAUGCUGAUAAACUGAUCAAAAGCUUGAAAAACGUCAUCAAAGUUGUCAAACAAUUGCCUGAAGAAGUAUCUCUAAGGGACAUCGCCAUUGUAAAAGUCCCUACCAGAGUUACAGAGGACUACAUUAAGGAGAACAUUGACCCAAUCUUCAAAUCAAAAGGAAACAUCCGAGUUGCUACGUACUUCCCUUCUGUAAACUUGAGAAAAUCCUCGCAAGACGGCGAAACCGAUCCUGUGGCUUGUUUGGCAAUGUUUGGUUCCUUGGAGUUGCAACCUGAGCUGAAUGCAGUAGUUGAAUCAAUGAUUGAGAGGUUAAGGACUCAUAGCAGGAAAUCAGCUGGCCGUUUCAUAGCUGUAGACCUUAGAAUCGACAUACUUGAGAAGAAACAUUGCCACUCAACUGGUGUAGUUGGGUCCAAGACAUGUUACAACGCGCAAGAGAUUGCUGUAUUCUUGAGGAAGCUUGGAUUUGCUGGUGACACAACUAUCUAUCUCACUCAGCCAAGGUGGGACAGUAGCCUCAAUAUCCUUAAGGAUAUCUUCCCAAAAACGUUCACAAAGGAGGCAAUAAUGCCAGCAAGCAAGAAAUCAAAGUACCUUGAAUCAGAGAGUUCAGAGUAUGAAAAUGUUAUUGACUUCUACAUAAGCUCGAGAAGCGAUGUGUUUGUUCCAGCCAUAUCUGGUUUGUUUUAUGCAAACAUAGUUGGGAAGAGGAUAGCUUUAGGUAAGCCACAAGUGCUAGUUCCAGCAGAGAUCUCAGAGACAUCUGGCCUUGCUACAGAUUUCAUCUCUCCUUACAUCUCAAAGAAGAACCACUUGGCUUACUCAUGUUUUUGCUGAACUUCUCACAUUUCCAAAGUGGUCUUUAAGCAUGGCCCUUCUCAGUUUUCACCAAGUGUAUGCAAUUUAAAAAAAAAUUCUUGUCUUAUUUGUUAUGUAAGGUUGUUUCAAUAUAAGUUGGGUUUUUUCAGGUGAGUUUAUUUUUGUUUGCCAUGUGUAGGAAAGAAAACUAUUGAGGUUUACAAUUUGAUUCUGUUGGCUCUCGUAGCCUUUGCAUUCUAUAAAAAAAAAUUAUAUAGUA